AAAAGUGUUGCCACAGAAAGGUUCAGUGUUCAAUCAGUCAGCCAGCGGUCUGCUGCCAAACCCCGGAAGCUGGAAUAUCGAGCCAGGCAUUACUGGCAGAUCGCCGAGCACGGUCGAGCUUUAAAAUAACAUUAUACUUUAUAAACGCGAAAAGAAAUCUGCGUUUGAGGUCCAUCUUUGAAGCACGUUGCCAAGCAACGCAAAGUCUUAACAUGAAGAUGAGCCACCAAUCCAACAAAAGUGUUCUACAUAAACAUAACUUGCCGAAGACAUCCAGUGACCGCCACAGUAGCACAGCCAAGUCUUCAUGUCAUACAGCCAAUGCUGCCCACACCAGCAAACCAGUGUGCUCUAGCAGUAUGAGAACAGAUGUGCAUUGCAACUCGUCACAUAAAGUGAGGCAUCUUAAAACCAGGAAGGAGAGGAAUCAGAUUCGAGGUCUGGAGAGAAACAGGUAUCACCCAGGUUCUCAGCACAGCAGAAGAGAAGGUGGUGAGAAAGCACAUCAUCCACUAGCUUGCUCUAGAAAAGAGAGGGCAUUCGCUAAGCCAUUCAUACCCCAGAAGCCAAGCAUCAUAACUAAAGGACGCCUUACUUCCAACCGAGGCCUUUUCAGUCAUGAGAUUAGGUCCAUAGAUAUUGAGAGGCUGGUGAGCGAGCAGAUAAAGAGAGACGAGCAGAGAAAAGAGCAAAGAAAUCAGUCUAUGAUGCACAUUACAUCACUGCUGCCUCCCUCUGUACCUGAUUCAGUCCCGGACUGCACUCUGGAUGAAGUACAGGAACCAGAAAAUAAUACGCCGCCACAAGUGAAGAGGAAGAAAAGUUCAAGAAAAGAGCCUAGUGAAAUAAACACAAGUGGUUUUCAGACUAAUAGAGGGGUUGUUGUAUCUAUGGGACCAUCUAGAGAAGAUGGGAAGCAUGACAGAAAUGCCAACAGCAGAAAGGAAGAUACUAAUAGCAAAACAAGACAAGAUAGUCCGAGUAGCCCCCCAAGAGAAACUGAACUUGUGGUUUUGUCAUCCUCAGAAAAUGAACCGGUUUAUCAGUUAUGCUCUACUCCAGUUGAAACUAAUAUGAAUAACUCUGAUGUUUCACAAACAGGCAAUCUCAAAUGCCCUGAUGAAGAAAAUGUUUUUAUGAAUAUUCAGAGAUUUGAGAAAAACUCUACAACGGAGAGCAAAUGUCACUGUCUUGUAGGGAAGUAG